GGUAUUUACAGCUGCAUCCAUGGAGUGGCUAUUGAAGACCGCCAUUCUUCUAUGAAUUCUCCCACUGCCACCAUGAACAAUACCCAUUCUAAUAUUUUGCGUCUGCUCCGAACAGCAAAGAACAUGGCCAACCUUUCAGGUGUCAAUGGUUCACCACAAAGUGCCCUGGAUUUCAUCCGCCGUGAAUCAUCAGUUUACGACAUCUCUGAACAUCGCCGUAGCUUCACCCACUCUGAUUGCAAGUCUUAUAAUAAUCCCCCCUGUGAGGAGAAUCUUUUCAGCGAUUAUAUUAGUGAGGUAGAAAGGACUUUCGGCAAUUUACAACUAAAAGAAAGUAAUGUUUAUCAAGACCAUUAUCAUCAUCAUCAUCGCCCCCAUAGCAUAGGUAGUGCUAGCUCUAUUGAUGGACUAUAUGACUGUGAUAAUCCACCCUUCUCUACCCAGUCUCGAUCCCUCAGUAAAAAGCCACUAGAUAUUGGUUUACCACCAGCCAAGCAUGGCCAGUUAGGUGACCUUUAUGGCAAGCUGUCAUUCAAGAGUGACCGAUACAGUGGAGGAGGGGCACAUGAUGAUUUAAUCCGUUCAGAUGUUUCAGACAUAUCCACUCAUACAGUGACAUAUGGCAACAUUGAAGGCAAUGCUGCAAAGCGGAGAAAACAGCAAUAUAAAGAUAGUUUAAAGAAACGCCCAGCCUCAGCUAAGUCACGGAGAGAGUUUGAUGAGAUUGAACUGGCCUAUCGACGGCGUCCCCGUUCCCCUGAUCACAAGCGCUAUUUUAGAGACAAGGAAGGGCUAAGGGAUUUCUAUUUGGACCAAUUCCGGGCUAAGGAAAACUCACCACAUUGGGAACAUGUAGAUCUGACAGAUAUCUAUAAAGAACGGGGAGAUGACUUUAAGCGUGACACUCUAGGGGGAACAGGGACAUGUACAAAUAGGACCCACCACAAACAUGGGUCAGGGGAAUUUGGAGUAAACAAUGAGCACAAGCACAGUGUUGUGAGUGGGGUACCAGUGCCAUGGGAGAAAAACCUUACCAAUCUUGAUUGGGAGGAACGGCCAGGGUCUAAUUAUUGCCGCAGUUGCCCAUCUAAGCUGCAUAACUACACCCCAGCUGUGGUGGGACAGAACUCCACCCGUCAGCCAUGCAUCCGGUGUGAAGCCUGCAAGAAGGCAGGCAACCUCUAUGAUAUCAGUGAGGACAACUCCCUUCAAGAGCUGGAUCAGCCAUCUGCUCCUGUGCCAGUGGCAACCAGCACCUCUACCACCAAGUAUCCUCAGAGCCCUUCCAACUCUGCCUCCAAGGUGCAGAAAAAGAAUCGCAACAAGCUCCGCCGGCAACACUCCUAUGACACGUUUGUGGAUCUGCAGAAGGAAGAAGCAGCCCUGGCCCCACGCAGUGUGAGCUUAAAGGACAAAGGCCGCUUUUUGGAGGGAAGCCCUUAUGCUCAUAUGUUUGAAAUGCCAGCGAGCGAGUCCACUUUUGCCAACAACAAGUCCUCACUGCCUGCCACCAGCCACCACCACCACAACAAUCCUGGCAUUAGUGGUGGUUAUAUGCUAAGCAAGUCGCUCUACCCCGACCGGGUCACUCAAAACCCUUUCAUCCCCACUUUUGGGGAUGACCAGUGCUUGCUCCAUGGCAGCAAAUCCUAUUUCUUCAGGCAGCCUGUGGUGGCAGGGGGGCCCAAGGCCAGGCCAGACUUCCGAGCCAUUGUCACCACCAACAAGCCAGUGGUCUCAGCUCUUCACGGAGCUGUGCCAGCCCGUUUCCAGAAGGACAUCUGUAUAGGGAACCAGUCCAACCCCUGUGUGCCUAACAACAAAAACCCCAGGGCUUUCAAUGGCUCUAGCAAUGGGCAUGUUUAUGAGAAACUUUCUAGUAUUGAAUCUGAUGUCUGA